UCUUCCUGCGAUUUUUGAACUUUGCGGUGUUUGGUUAGUGUUUGCAAUAUGGGGUGAUAGGUGUAUCUUGUCGUGGAUCUACUUAAUCCCUUGCUUCUUGUUUCUAUCUACGCUUUAUGGAGAAAAGAUUGCUCAUUUCUUCAGUUCUAUUAAGUAUUUUCAGCUAUUAUGGCGAUCAGUUUUUCCCAGUUUUGUUUUUGCUUGAAAUAGUUCUGGUGCCUCAAGGAUUUUACUGGACUCCCAAAAUGGUUUCAAGGUCGUAUUCGAAUCUUUUGGAUCUUGUUUCCGGUGAUUCGCUGACUGUUGGCCGAGUUGGCAGAAGGCUACCUAGAGUAAUGACAGUAGCUGGUAUCAUCUCUGAUUUGGAUGAGGAAAACUCAAACAGUGUGGUUUCUGAUGCCCCAUCUUCGGUUUCUCAAGAGCGAGUAAUUGUAGUAGGCAAUCAGCUCCCUCUUCGAGUUCAUCGCAGCCCGGAUAGCAGUGGCUGGAACUUUAGCUGGGACGAGGAUUCUUUGCUACUUCAACUCAAAGAUGGUCUUGGGGAAGAUGUUGAAGUUGUGUAUAUUGGUUGUCUUAGAGAGGAGAUUGAUUCAAAGGACCAAGAUGAUGUUUCACAAACCCUUCUUGAGACCUUCAAGUGCGUCCCCACAUUUCUGCCCCCUGAACUCUUUAGCAGAUUCUAUCAUGGUUUCUGCAAGCAGCAGCUAUGGCCACUGUUUCACUAUAUGCUACCUCUUUCUCCUGACCUUGGUGGUCGCUUUGAUCGCUCACUAUGGCAAGCUUAUGUUUCUGUGAACAAGAUUUUUGCCGAUAAGGUUAUGGAAGUGAUCAACCCUGAAGAAGACUUUGUUUGGGUUCAUGACUAUCAUCUUAUGAUCUUGCCAACAUUCUUGAGAAAAAGGUUUAACCGAGUCAAGCUUGGAUUCUUUCUUCACAGCCCCUUCCCUUCCUCUGAGAUUUAUAGAACUCUUCCUGUUAGAGAUGAACUCCUCAGAGCACUUCUCAACUCUGAUCUGAUUGGAUUUCAUACCUUUGAUUAUGCCAGGCAUUUUCUUUCAUGUUGUACCCGAAUGCUAGGUCUUUCUUAUCAAUCUAAGAGGGGUCAUGUUGGGAUCGAGUAUUAUGGUCGCACAGUUAGCAUUAAAAUACUUCCUGUUGGGGUUCACCUGAGGCAGCUUCAAUCUAUACUAGAUCUUCCAGAGACUGAAGCUAAAGUUGCUGAACUGCUCAACCAGUUUAAGGGCCGGACUGUGUUACUUGGAGUUGAUGAUAUGGACAUAUUUAAAGGGAUCAGCUUGAAGCUUCUGGCAAUGGAACAGUUUCUUGUGCAGCAUCCGGAGUGGGGUGGAAAGGUUGUUUUGGUGCAGAUUGCAAACCCAGCCAGAGGCCGAGGACGAGAUGUUCAGGAGGUGCAAACAGAGACAUAUUUAACAGCUAAGAGAAUUAAUGACACAUUUGGAAGGCCAGGCUAUGAACCUGUCGUUCUCAUCGAUAGCUCGCUCCAGCUCUAUGAGAGAAUUGCUUAUUAUGUUGUAGCUGAGUGCUGUCUUGUUACUGCAGUAAGGGAUGGCAUGAAUCUCAUCCCUUAUGAAUAUGUUAUUUGUAGACAAGGAAAUGAGAGAUUGGAUAAACUGUUGCAGCUCGAUGCAUCAGAGCCCAAAAGGAGUAUGUUAGUUGUCUCGGAGUUCAUUGGGUGUUCGCCAUCACUUAGCGGAGCUAUUCGUGUCAACCCUUGGAAUGUAGAUUCGGUGGCCGAAGCCAUGGAUACCGCAUUGGCAAUGAGUUAUAAUGAGAAACAGCUUCGCCACGAGAAACAUUAUCGAUAUGUGAGUACUCAUGAUGUUGGUUAUUGGGCUAAUAGCUUCUUGCAGGACUUGGGGCGGACGUGCCGGGACCAUGGUAGGAGGAGGUGCUGGGGAAUUGGCUUUGGUUUGGGCUUCAGGGUCAUUGCACUUGACCCCAAUUUCAGAAAACUCUCUGUUGAGCACAUUGUUUCAGCAUACAAAAGAACCAAAAACCGAGCUAUCCUUUUAGAUUAUGAUGGAACCAUGAUGCCUCAAACAUCUAUCAACAAGAAGCCUACUCCUGAAGUUAUAAGCAUCCUCAAUAGCUUGUGUAGGGAUCCGGACAACUUGGUAUUUCUUGUUAGUGGUAAGGACAAGGAUACUCUCAGUGAAUGGUUUUCACCUUGCAGCAAACUUGCACUUGGGGCUGAACAUGGCUUCUUUAUGAGGCAAAAUCAAGAGUUGGAAUGGGAGACUCGUGUACCCGUGCCAGAUUUUGACUGGAAGCAGAUUGCUGAACCUGUCAUGCAAUUAUACACUGAAACAACUGAUGGAUCGAGCAUAGAAGCUAAAGAAAGCGCCCUUGUUUGGCACUAUCAAUAUGCAGAUCCUGAUUUUGGAUCCUGCCAGGCCAAAGAACUUCUGGACCACCUGGAAAGUGUUCUAUCAAAUGAGCCUGUUUCUGUGAAGAGCGGGCAACACUUUGUAGAAGUUAAACCACAGGGUGUCACAAAAGGCUUAGUUGCCGAGUGCCUUCUAUCGAUGAUGCAAGAAAAGACCAAGCUUCCAGAUUUUGUUGUUUGCAUCGGCGACGAUAGAUCGGAUGACGAUAUGUUCGAGGUCAUCAAUAGUGCGAGGGCUGGUUCCGCCUUGUCUCCGGUCGCCGAAGUGUUCGCUUGCACCGUCGGGCAAAAGCCCAGCAAAGCCAAGUAUUAUCUGGAGGAUACAACAGAGAUUGUGAGAAUGUUGCAGGGCCUUGCAAUGGCCUCUGAUCAAAUGUCACUUGUUUCAGCUUCUCAGACUCUCAGUAUUUUCUAUGGCAACUAAUGGUGUUACUGUUACGUGCUUCCUUAUGGGUCUCUUUCUUGAUGGUAUUGGUUUCUGAUCAUUUGUGAUGGGUUUCUUUGGUGUAUAUAUAUCUGAUAAAAGGUAAUAUAUUUAAGUGAUCUUACAUUUCAGCUAGUGAUAUUUUGUAAUUGGGUUUUGCUGUUGUGAAUUGUGAUGCUAGACUGCUUAGUUUUCUCUAUUUUAAUUGCUUGGGAAUGCCCUGUGUUGUUGUUC